AGGCGCUUGACGACGCCUCCCACUGGCAACGGCGGGCGUGUCUGGCAGCGCACAACAAGGACAAAAGACUACUCUUUUGGCAGUCUGUCGGCCCUGUUCCGAUAGUGAGUGCGCCUUUGUGUGCAACAGACCCCUCGAGAUAGCGGAUCGUCUCAGGCAAGGUGCUUCUUGGCAGGAAUAGAUCGCAGGCUAGACCAAUAUGGACAGCUCCAGAUCAGCUUCGCCUGCGCCUGCAGCAUCGAGCGGAUCUCGCAACAGCUCUCUCGGUACGAGCAAUCCUGUAUCUGUCAGUCUGGCGCCAUCACACUCUGCUCAGGUCUCGGCCAUACAGCAGUCAUCGCUCAGCCGACCCUCAUCGAGGGUGAGUCUGCAAAAUCUCGCCAAUGCAACAAGCAGCGCAACGACAGAUGAAUAUCGACCGGCACCCUUCACAGGCAACGGACAUCCUGCCACGUUCAGCAAGCGUUCUGCAUCGUUUGAUCGCAAAUCGCCUGAAGAAUUCAGGCUCAACCUGGGCAACGAUGGUCCAGAUGGACCAUCACCGCCCUAUUCGCGGAAUAAUGAGCCCAACCCGAACGGAUCCAUCUCACCUGUUCAUUCGGAGAAGGCAGCUUUCUUGACGAACAUGCGAGUAGACGACACGAGCAAUGGCAAAUCCGGCAAGACGGGCAUGAACGCUGCCAUGGGCACUGGCGUCACUUACGAUCAUAUCAUGAAUCAUCCCGCGCUGCCGGUAGCCUGCUACUGCCUCUCCAGCAUCCUCAUGACCGUAGUGAACAAGUUUGUGCUCUCUGGCGCACACUUUUCGAUGAAUUUCUUGCUGCUGACGAUCCAGUCGACCGUCUGUAUCGCCUGCGUGACGGUCUGCAAGCGACUGCGUCUUAUCACCUUUCGGGACUUUGACAGGCAAGAUGCCCGUGCUUGGUUCCCCAUCUCGUUCAUGCUCGUCAUGGUCAUUUACACGGGCAGCAAAGCGCUUCAGUACCUGCCGAUCCCCGUCGUGUCGGUUUGCAAGAAUCUGACGAUCAUCUUGAUAGCGUAUGGCGAAGUAUUGUGGUUCUCGGGCUCAGUGACCGGUCUCAUCAUGUGCUCAUUCGGUCUCAUGAUACUGUCAUCGCUGAUAGCAGGAUGGGCUGACAUCUCGCAUGCACUGCAAUCUCUUUCGGAAGUCUCGGCUCAGACGACGCUGGACCCCGUGACGGGUGCGGAGAUCCCUGCGAUGCCGACCAGUAUACCGGACAUCACCGCCGCAGUCGGACAGCUCAAUGCAGGCUAUCUGUGGAUGGCGAUCAAUGUCUUCGUGUCGGCUGGCUACGUUCUCGCCAUGCGGAAGCGCAUCAAAGUGACCAACUUCAAGGAUUGGGACAGCAUGUACUACAACAAUCUGCUGUCGAUCCCCGUGCUCGUCUUCUUUUCGCUCCUGAUCGAGGACUGGAGCGCCAAGAGUCUCGAAGCCAACUUCCCGGCGGAAGGACGAUACUUCUUGCUCUUUGCCAUGGUCUUCUCGGGCGCGGCAGCAGUCUUUAUCUCAUAUACCACGGCCUGGUGUGUGCGUACGACCAGUUCGACGACGUACAGUAUGGUAGGCGCGCUCAACAAGCUCCCUGUGGCCGCGAGCGGGAUGGUCUUCUUUGGCGAUCCGAUCACGACCGGCUCAGUCGGUGGUGUCUUGACUGGCUUUGUCGCUGGUCUCGUCUAUGCUCUCGCCAAGGCCAAUCAGGCGGCUGCAAAGAAAUUGGGGAUGCCUCGAUGAGCGGCAAUGUACACUACCUUCACACACUUAGACGAGAUUAAUCAGUGUCUGCCAUGUGCAGCAUGCACACGUUUGGGAUACUCGUGUACGCUCAUGCAGGCUUAUAUACGUAGCUCCAAUGAGGAG